AUGGCUAUCAGUACAAGUAUGCUCACGUCACAACAAGCAACGGGCGUCAGCUUAUUUGUCCCACAAUUGGCGCUCCCGGAUAGAGUCUAUAGCCUUCUUACUCGCCAUAAACUCUUCAAAAUACUCUCUACGACCCUGAAACUCAAGGACCCCGUCCUCCCUCGAGUAACUGUCCCGUGGAUGCCCGGACAUGUCCGACGAGUCCUUGCGCUCGACCUGCCCGGUCGCGACUUUAUAGAGGAAUGCGUCUACCUCGGCCAGGAAGUCGGCGGCGUCUAUGCUGGGGGUGAUGUGACUGCAUGA